UUUGAAUUUAACAAGAAGGGGGAAAAGCAACAAAAACAGGAAAGAUUCAAGAAACCAAACAAAAGUUCCUCCUCCUCCACCACCGUUAGGGUUCAGCUUUUGAGAAACUUUUAUUGAUGUAUAAGGAAAAUGCUCAUCCUACCGUGCCUCAAUCGACUUGUGGAGAAAUCUCCAAUGAACAGAGAGCUCGAAUAGCUCGGAAUUUCAGAGCCGCAAAGGCACUGCUUGCUAGCAAACGGCCUCGCCUCGACGCUACCGCUCUUUUCCCUCAUCUAUCUUCUCCUCAUAAGGAUAUAAAUGGAAUUGCAACUCCGGCUUGUGUUGACAGCAUCAACAGAAUUCCUCUCGCAGAGAUAUCAACAAACACACCGUCCCCCUCUCUUGUGAUGGGGUUCAAAUCAACAGGUUGUGGAAAUAGCAGCAGUUCAUGUUCCGGGGGCUUAACUAUCAAUAGGAGGGAAUCGAUUGAUCAUAGUUCCGAUUCAAGGACAACUUCUGCUCUUCUAGAGAAUGACGUCGUGUUAGACUCUUGUAAAACUCCUAUGGAACAACCAGAAUGUUCAAAUAGGAUGGAUUGCAUUCAAGAUGAUGAAUUUGAUGAGUCCAUUUUGGAAGAAAUAGACGGUUUCUGCGUGCAGAAAUUUGCAGCAAAAGUUGAAAGGUCAGUUCCAAGUGGUGACAUUCUUGCAGGUACGCAGCAUAACAGUAAUCGUACUCGUGAUCCGGGCGCCAGUUUGGAUUCUACCACUGUACAUGACGGUGUUGUAAAGGAAGGCACACCAGUCUCUGGGAGCGGUUUGGACCCUAGAGAAAAUGAUUCAGAUACUUCUCAGCCUACACGGACUGGGGACAUGCCCGAGGAGUGCGGGAAAUAUUUGCAGUCUCUGAAUGACAGGCAACGAGAAGCAGCUUGUAGUGAUAUUUCAAUCCCUCUGAUGAUCGUUGCUGGUCCAGGAAGUGGAAAGACUUCCACAAUAGUUGGGCGUGUGUUAAUGCUGAUUAAUGAGGGAAUUAGUCCGUCAAACAUUCUGGCAAUGACUUUUACUACAGCAGCAGCUUCUGAGAUGAGAGAUCGCAUAGGAGCAGUGGCUGGAAAGGCAACAGCUAAGGAGCUUACAAUCAGCACGUUCCACUCAUUUUCCUUGCAACUUUGUCGAUCACAUGCGGAGAAGUUAGGGCGCACACCAGAAUUCCUAAUAUAUGGACAUGGGCAACAAAGAAGAGCAAUUAUUGAGGCUUUGAGAUUAUCAGAAAAUGAGAAGAGUAGACAAAGCCAUAAUGCCUGCAUACUUGGUGAAGAGUCUAGCGGUAUAACAUCUCCACAAUAUUUUAAGGAUAAGUCAAAGACAUGGCUGAAGUUCGUGACUAAGGCUAAAGCUUCUGGAAAGACUCCUGAACAAUGCCGUGAAAUGGGUGAUGAAAUAGGAGCUGCAAUUCUUGGGAACUACAACGACAUUCUAAGGUCUUGUAAUGCUCUAGAUUACCAUGACCUUAUCAGCUGCUCUGUAAAGCUGCUUACCAAUUUUCCCCAAGUUUUCAAGGAGUGUCAGGACUCCUGGAAAGCCAUUGUAAUAGAUGAGUUUCAAGAUACGAGUUCCAUGCAAUACAAUCUUCUACAGCUUCUUGCAUCUCAUAACCACAUAACCAUUGUUGGUGAUGAUGAUCAGUCCAUUUUUAGUUUUAAUGGAGCUGACAUUUCUGGAUUUGACUCCUAUCGCAAAGAUUUUCCAAACUACAAAGAGGUCAGACUUAAUAAAAACUAUCGAUCCACACGGUGUAUCAUUGAGGCUGCCUCGUCUCUUAUACGGAAUAAUAGGAAGCGAUGCCAGCUAAAAGACGUUCUUACUGAUAAUUCUUCUGGAUCUAAGAUAACUAUCAAAGAAUGUCACACUGAAGAUGCACAAUGUUCAUUUGUUGUUGACAAAAUCUUGGAAACUGCUUCCAAUGGUUCUGCUUCUAACUGCUCUUAUGAAAACAUUGCAAUCCUUUACCGGAGGCAGGUAUCAGGAAAAGUCUUCCAAAUGGCUUUCCGUGAGAGGAAAAUACCUUUUAAUAUUCAUGGCGUCGCAUUCUAUAGGAAAAAGGUAGUCAGAGCCAUUAUUUCUAUGCUUAGAACAACGUUGCCCGCAUGUGAUGAUGGCCCAUAUCGUCGGGUCUUCAAGGCUUUACUUCCUUUUGAGAAAGAGGAAAAGAAGAGGGUAAUCGACCAUAUUGACAAAAUAUCAACUAUUAGAAAGUGCAGCUUUAUAUCAGCUGCCACUGACAUUUUCAGUGCAAAGAUUUCUGGUACCUUCAAGAGGAGUCAGCUUACCCAAGGACGCAAGGUGUUGUCAACACUCGAGAUGUUAUCAAAACUUGUUCACAGGGAACAAUCAAUUUCAGCUGUUGUAACCUCAGUAGCGAACAUGGUACCCCAGAAAUACCUGCUUGAGCAACGAGCAAUUAUUGAUGUUGAUGGGGGGAAAUUGCUGAAUGAAGACAAUGACAUAAGAUCGGUUCUUCAUUACUUACUGGAUGAUGUCUCUGAAUUUAUAUCAACUAAAUUUGUUGCUGUAGAAGGGGAUAGCAAAAUUGUAUCAAAAGAGAAAGGUUGUGUUAGUGUGCUCAAAGCUUUUAUUGAGUUCAUAUCUGAGCGUGAGCAAGAAAAUUUUCAAUCCCGGAGACAAGAUAAUAAAAAUUCUAUCACAUUGACUACCAUUCAUCAGUCAAAAGGCUUAGAAUGGGAUGUUGUUUUCAUAGUUAAGGCAAAUGAAUCAGAAAUUCCUUUGUUGCACGAAUUUAAUGGUAUGGCAAAGGAAAAUGGCACCUCAAUUGAGGAGGAAAGGCGGCUAUUAUAUGUUGCAAUGACUCGUGCUCGGAAAAAACUCUUCAUCCUCUAUGUUAUGAUGAAUUCCAAUUGGCAGAUGAUUCAACCAUCAAGAUUUCUCAAAGAAAUUCCAGAUCAUCUCUGUGAGGUUCAGGCUGAACUCAGAGUGCAAGAUUUACAAACAAAACAGGAACACAUUCCAAAUGGAACUACACAAUUUUCUGUUAAUAUGCCAAGAGAAAAGGAAAUUUCUGAAGUGGACAUGGUGCCAAAUGAUUUGCUAAAUACUUGUCUUCAUGAGGAUUUAAAUGAAACAGUUGAGGCAAGCAAUGGAAGCAGUUUCUUACGAAGAUUCAGUGUGGAGGACAGAUCAGUUAUUUCCCACUUAUUCCAUCAAUGGGCCAAGAAGCAAGCAUUUCAGAAUCCCAAGAGGUUGCUUGACAAGGUGGGCUUUGUAAUUGAUGAACGCCUAAGAGCCAAGAAAAACAAACACAAGGAUGUUCUGAGUGCGCUGAAAUUGUGCCUGAGCUGUGAUGAAGCAUUUCAAUAUGCAGAAUAUGUUUUGAGAUGGGAGCAAAUCCCUGCUGAUAAACGUGCCCAUUUAAUGAGGGAAAAGCAGGAGCACUUCCAAAAACUAAGGAUUGAGAAGUCGAUGGGUACGUCCGCACCAACAUGUAAACAGAUCUCUUAUUUGCAAAAUUUGGGAUGCACUAUCACCCCUACGUCACGUCUCCAUGCUUCUCAUUUGAUUGAGCAGUACAAAUCAUUGUGAUUAUUGGUUCAUUAUAAUUCUUGCCGUGCCUGGUUAAGGUCAUCACCAUAUUUGUAAACGUUUCUAAACUGAGGUUGAUGAUGCUGUGUUUACUUGUAUAUGAUGGAUUGUACUUGGUUUUGAUUAUUGGCUGCUUUUAAUAUUUAUAAAAUUGUUUCGUA